CUCCCCUCCCGCCGCCGGCGGCCGCUGCUGUCACGAUGAGGCGGAGGAGGCGGCGGCCCGGCCCGGCCGCUCCCGUCGCUCUGCCCGUGGCGUAGCGGUCUCCGCCCGGAGGAGGCCGCGGCGGCGGCGCCCGCCCAGCCCAGCCCGGCCCGGCCCGGCCCAGCCCAGCCAUGGCCCAGCCGGGCCCCAGCGCCCCGGCCGACGUUGCUCUUCUACAACGGGUGGCAGAAUUGGAAAAGGUCAAUGCAGAAUUUCUGCGCACAAAGCAGCAACUUGAGCAAGAAUUUAAUCAAAAGAGAGCAAAAUUUAAGGAGCUAUACCUGGCUAAGGAAGAGGACCUGAAAAGACAGAAUGCAGUGCUGCAGGCAGCCCAGGAUGAUCUGGGCCAGCUGAGGACCCAGCUGAUGGAAGCUCAUGCCGAGAUGGAGAACAUCAAAGCAAUAGCCACAGUGUCAGAGACCACCAAGCAGGAGGCCAUCGACGAGGUGAAGAGACAGUGGCAAGAAGAAGUAGCUUCACUACAGGCCAUUAUGAAAGAGACAGUUCGUGACUACGAGCUCCAGUAUCACCACAGGUUGGAGCAGGAACGGGCUCAGUGGAACCAAUACCGGGAGAACGUGGAGCGGGAAAUAGCAGAGCUGAGACGGCGCCUGUCUGAAGGGCAGGAGGAAGAAAACCUGGAAAAUGAAAUGAAAAAGGCCCAGGAAGAUGCCGAGAAGCUGCGUUCGGUUGUGAUGCCCAUGGAGAAGGAGAUUGCAGCCCUCAAGGAGAAACUGGGAGAAGCUGAAGAAAAAAUCAAAGAGUUGGAAGCAUCCAAGGUUAAAGAACUGAACCAUUAUUUGGAAGCUGAGAAGUCGUGCAGGACAGACCUGGAGAUGUAUGUGGCUGUUCUCAACACACAGAAGUCAGUCCUGCAGGAAGAUGCUGAGAAGCUUCGGAAAGAACUCCAUGAAGUUUGCCACCUCUUAGAGCAAGAGAGGCAGCAGCACAACCAGCUGAAACACACGUGGCAAAAAGCCAACGACCAGUUCCUGGAGUCCCAGCGUCUGCUGAUGAGGGACAUGCAGAGGAUGGAGAUCGUCCUGACCUCGGAGCAGCUCCGGCAGGUGGAAGAACUGAAAAAAAAGGAUCAGGAAGAAGAUGAUCAGCAAAGGCUUAGCAAGACAAAGGAGGAGAAGCAGAAAGAUUCAGAUGAUGAAACAAAAGCUUCAUGUUCUCUGGCCCCUGAGGAAACCCUUACCCAGCUCUCUAAUGAAGAGGUGCAGGUGAACAGCACCCACGGCUCAGUCCAUUCCCUGGAUGCAGACUUGCUGCUUUCUUCUGGAGAGUCUUUCAAUAAAUCAGACACUGAUAUGUUUAAAGAUGGACUAAGGAGAGCACAGUCAACAGACAGUCUGGGGACAUCUGGAUCUUUACAAUCCAAAGCUUUAGGGUACAACAACAAAGCCAAAUCUGCUGGGAACCUGGAUGAGUCGGAUUUCGGACCGCUCGUUGGAGCAGAUUCAGUGUCUGAGAACUUUGAUACUGCUUCCCUUGGAUCUCUGCAAAUGCCAAGUGGGUUCAUGUUAACCAAAGAUCAGGAAAAAGCAAUCAAAGCAAUGACACCAGAGCAAGAAGAGACUGCUUCCCUGCUUUCCAGUGUCACCCAGGGUGUGGAGAGUGCUUAUGUGUCUCCCAGCGGGUAUCGCUUGGUCAGCGAGACCGAGUGGAACCUGCUGCAGAAAGAGGUGCAGAAUGCAGGGAACAAGCUGGGCAGGCGCUGUGAUAUGUGCUCCAACUACGAGAAGCAGCUGCAGGGCAUCCAAAUCCAGGAGGCCGAGACCAGAGACCAGGUGAAAAAGCUGCAGGUGAUGCUGAGGCAGGCGAAUGACCAGCUGGAGAAGACCAUGAAAGAGAAGCAGGAAUUGGAGGAUUACAUGAAACAAAGUGCUGAAGACUCCUCUAAUCAGAUCUCCCUGCUCAUGGCCAAGUGUCAGAAGUCAGAGAACUUCCUCAGUGAACUGCAGCAGGCGUUUCUGCAAGCCAAGAGGAGUGUCCAGGAGCAAAUGGCGGUCCUGACACAGUCAAGGGAGCAGGUUUCAGAAGAGCUGGUGAGACUGCAAAAAGAUAAUGAAAGUCUUCAAGGCAAGCACAGCUUGCACGUGUCUUUACAGCAGGCUGAAGAUUUCAUCCUACCAGAAGCAGCAGAGGAGCUCCGGGAGCUGAUCCUGAAGUACCGGCAGGACAUCAUCAGCGUGAGGACAGCAGCAGAUCACCUCGAGGAGAAGCUCAAGGCCGAGAUUUUAUUCCUGAAAGAACAGAUUCAGGCUGAACAGUAUCUGAAGGAAAAUAUAGAAGAAACCCUGCAGCUGGAAAUAGAGAAUUGCAAAGAGGAAAUAGCUUCCAUUUCCAGUUUAAAAGCUGAACUGGAAAGAAUAAAAGUGGAAAAAGAACAGUUGGAAAGUUCUUCACAGGAAAACCUGCAGCAGCUUGAGAGUCUGCAGGAAGCAAAGAACAUUCUAGAAGAACAGCUGAAGAAGGAGACUGCAGCAAAGGCCAACCUGGAGCAGCUGGUGUUUGAGGAGAAGAACAAAGCCCAGCGUUUGCAGACUGAAUUGGAUGUCAGUGAGCAAGUGCAGAGAGACUUUGUAAAGCUUUCUCAGACACUUCAGGUGCAGCUGGAGCGGAUCCGGCAGGCAGAUUCCCUGGAGAGAAUCCGUGCAAUCCUGAACGACACAAAACUGACGGACAUUAACCAGCUCCCCGAAACAUGACACCCUGCGGGGGCAGCCCCGCGGCCGCGGCGGGGGUUUUUAACUCAUCUUUAUAGCGACAUUAAUUAUUAUUUAACUCUAACCGAAAGAGCAGAAGACAACAGAGGGGAGCAAUGGCUUGAGUUUUGUUUCUAGAGGGGAAAAAAAGGUUUCGUACUGGGCAGGAAGAGAGAGCACAAGGGUGACUUGCAGGGUAGGAAGGAGAACUUUCUAAUGGAAACACUAAUGAGUGCGGUGUUUCGUGUUCCACUGAGUGGGAUCAGUCCUUACAUUCUGAAAAACUUCCCUCUUUCAGCCGACUUCGUAACCUAAUAUAGAGUUUUGGAACAUUUACCCCUGUCUUUCCCUCUGUCCUUUCCCCCACUACUGUGAUCAAAGUAGCUGCUGGAAACCGUAUUGUCCCUCCAAAACGUGGAAGAGCAAAGUGGUUGAAGUUUUUCUGUUUGAAUAGUCAGUAACAGUAUUCAGCUAGCAGAGAGGAUGAGGUGUAGAGUAUGCUGUAUGAAUAUUUUAUAUUAAAAUAUGACUUUAUUAGCAGGACACUGGAUAUUGAUCUUAUUUCAUAACUCAGUACUUCUUUUGUUUUGUUUUGUUUUUUUUUUAAACCAUUGGCUCUGUGAAGAAUCUGAAUGCUGCUGAAACGUGGAUGUGAGUGAGCUGUGUCUCUCCUGGACAGAUAAAUGCUAAUCCAAAAGAAAAAUGAAAACUGUACUGAGAAUUUAUCUCCUUGCCAUUUUUCUGUUGAAUUCAGAUACUGAGAGAAAAGCACAAGAAAUGCACUGUUUUGUAAUCUCUUCUCACAAAUGUAAUUCAGAAUACGGAGCUACAACCGGUUGUUUCUCAUCUCUAAAGCUGAGCAGUACCUGGAAUCCCUUCCCUUGGGGAAAAAAACCCAUUAAACCAAACAAAUCCAGCCAACCCAAGCUGGUGAAAGCCCUGUGCAGUGUGUGAGCACUGGCACGAGGGGAUGCAGGGCUGCUCUGCUGGGGGUCACACCGGCAGCAGGGCAGGAGGGGUCAGGGGAAGGGGCUGUGCUGGAUCAGCCCCUGCAGGCAGGGAUUCCUCGCUCCCACUCAGGGCUCGGGUGUGCAGGAGCUGCAGGACUGUGCUGGUGCAGCUGGGCAGGCUCAGGGCAGCUGCUGGGGGAGGUCUGGUGUCAGAGGGGACUGUCCCACCCUUCUGUACCCAGACAUUUACCGUGUACUGCAGGGGCAGGGAAUUCUGGUGAUCAGAAUUCAGCUGCCAGGCUUGGGUUUCUUGUUCUGUAAAUGUCCAGGGGUAACGUGAGCAUUCCUCCUCCUCCAGCUGCUGCAGUUCCAGGCACACAGCUGGAUGGUUUCCUCUAUGGCUGCAGGUGUUGAUGCUGGUGGUGCAAACCCAGUUCUUCAGAAUGGUCCCUACUUAAACCUCAUUUAAAAGGAGGAGGCUGGAGGAGCAGAUCACACUGUCCAAAACUUCUUAGACUUUCCUCCAUUCCUUACUGUUUUUUCUUUAUGUCCUUGGUCACAGAUCUGCUUUUCUUCAUCACCUUCAAAAGUGACAGAAAAUGCUCCAAACUGCCAUGCACAUGACUGUAUUUUAAGUGCUUAAAUCCUAUUUUUAGCAGUGGAUAUCCUGCUACUGACACAAAGUCAGAAGUGGUGGUUUUGAAGAGGAAUGCCUUAAAAGCAGCCAAAAAGCAGCUCAAUUCCUUGUCACUCCCUGCAAGAAUUAAAGCAUUUUAUUCACCCUAGUGAUUAAUCCCCUUCAUAAUCCUGACACCCAAAAGCCAUUUGUCCCACCUUAGCAAUGACUAGACUAACAGAUGGCAGGGCUGUCAUCUUCUUAAGAUGACACUUAAUUUCACAUAAAAGUGACAGUGAAGUGUGACUUGGGUCUUUGGUAUUUGGCUAUUACCAGAUUAUGCUUUCUUUAACCUUUCUCACUCUGUGCUGAGCUGAGGGUGACAGCAGCUGGGUCCUGAUGCAGAAAUCCAGUCCCAGGUGUUCUGCAUUCAGCUUUCCAGUGGUUGGGGUCCUGUUGUGCUGGGUCAACUUUGGAGACAAAAAUACAGGCCUUUGGUAGGAGCUGCAGAAUGAGAAGCUUUUGCCUCUGUUCUCCCCCUCCCUUCCCAAAAACGGAGGUGUAACUGGUUGCUGAGUUGGUUACUGUACCUGGUGACACUUCACCUGUUGUAGCAGGGUGAGGAGGCCUCUUGUGUGGUAAAACUGCACCCCCUCCUGUACCCUCUUGAGCAACUGAGCCCUUGAGGAACCGCACCUCGAGGACUUGCACAGUAGAAGGAUUUUUGGCUGAGUUUCUGGACUGUCCCAGUGUGAGAGAUGAUUUCAGAUGGUCCAGGGCUGGUGUGGCUGUUCCUUGGCUGUGUUUUUUACAGGCUGUUUGACAGGGGGGUGUCAGGGUGAGGUGGUGGCUGCAGCUGUGGGGAAGGAGGUGAGUGGGCAGGUGCUUUGGGCUCCUUCGUAGCCACAGGACCAGCGUAGCUGUUGCCAAACGCAGCUCUGCCUGCCUGGGGUGUGAGUGUGAGAGCGUGUGGGGUGUGUGGGUGUUUCUUGCUUGUGAACCAGGCACAGUUUGAGUCUGUGGAGGAACUUCUUUCUGUUUGGAGAGGACGGGCAGAGAAUUCCUGCACGGUUGUUUUCCUUUUCACCACCUUGUUCCAUCCCGCCCUGCACACCCAGUGCUCCUGGGUCAGUACCUGUGGCCAUUUUAGCUUUGGAACACGAGUCAGCUUCUUCACCAGCUGGUGUUUAACUUUAGAUCAGACUUUUAAACCGUUUCUGUUGCAAUUGGAAGCCUGGUUGUUCCCAGCAGUGGUGGGAGAUGAGCUCCCUGCAAACAGCUGUCCCUCCUGGGGAAGGACAGCACAGCUUCAGCAGCAGCUCUGAGCUUCUGCUGAACUCGAACUGCAGAAACUUGAAGGGGCCUUUAAAAACCAAACAGUACAGUGUGUGCCAAAUGUGCAGAGCAAAUUUAAAAGACUGUAAAUGUAGUGAAAGCUCUUGGUGUCGAUACUCACUGGGUGGUGGAUUAACGGUGUUACUGCUCAUGGACAUGAGAAAACAGAUGCUCUUCCUUCCAGUUCUGGGUGUUCUGGAGCGUGGUUGGGGUCGGGGGGUGGGUUCCUUCCGCUCAGGCAGUGCUUUGUAACCAGGUCAGCUGCGAUCCAGGGGGUGAGCUGGUGGUGCGGGCUGUGACAGGGGCGAGAUCGAGGUCUGUCUGCAUUCCUGUACCUGUAUAGUCUUACUCUGUACAAAAGUGUUCUUGCAGCAUGUCAGGUAACCCUGUUCCCCGGCUGUCCCAGCCCUCCCUCCCUCCCCAGCAGCUUCCCCGGCACCCCCUGCUGUGCCACGUUCCAGCAGUGCAGUAACUCCUGUUCAAACCUGAGCUUGACGUGUCGCCUUUUCUAAGGGGAAGGGGGGAGGGACAACAACUAUUUAUUGUCCACUAGAGUCUGUCAACAGCAGAUACUGAAUUGGCCUUUCAAUGGCGAGAGGGACUCCAGGGCCAUCUUUUGCUCAAGGCAAACUGUUUGGAAGUUAAUAUUGCAUUCCAGUGAGCCAAGCCAUUGGUGUCCUGUGCAAUCGUGGGUGUAGAAUUCUGCUGUCUCCAGGAUUCCAGUGUAACCAUUUGUUAACUGUAUUGAAGGUGUGUCCUCUAUGGAGAAAGUGUUCCAAAUUAAAAAAAGCUGCUGAAGUGUG